AUGGUCUUCUUCUUCUUCGUCUGCGGCCAGCACACCUUUCGCUCAGAGGUCAAGGGCUAUGAGGGCGUCAUCUGCCAGUGCCACAACUGUGGCAACAUGUCUGCGCGAGUCAUCAAAAGCCGGCCCUUUUUCACCUUUUGCUUUGUUCCCAUCAUCCCAUUCACCAUCUCCGGCUUUGUUGAAGUAGUCUGUUCCAUUUGCAACUUCCACCAGCCGCUCAAGAAUCGCCCGGAUGUCGUCUCCAUGGCCGAAGGCGGCAACGCCGGGCCUGGUCCGUUCCCCCCGCCGGCAAAUCCAGGAUGGGGUCAACAACAGCCCCAAGGCCAACGUCCAGCAAGAUACGGCUAA